CAGCUUGUUGCCAUUUGUGUGCUUGUGUGUGCUUCCGCCCGGUGCUCAUUCUUUUUAUAGACGCCCUCCUUUCUUUCUUGUCUUGCAUCUUUUGCAGAAAAAGUUGAAAAAGGGAUAUUUCCUGUUCCUCUGCACUUCAUCCUGACAUUCUACUUUUCAACCGCUCGUCAACUUGCUGUCCUUAGGAAUAAAUCAUCCUACCGUUCUAUUUGAGAAUGCGUAUCGUUAGCUUGCUGCCUGCCUUGCUGGCCACCAUCCCCGCCGUUACUGCGGCCGGCACUCUGGGGCUCGCUCUAGGCAACAAGAACGCAGAUGGCAGCUGCAAAGCCACCGGCGACUACGAGGCCGAUUUCGAGGCACUGAAGAGUGUGACUAAAAUUGUUCGCACCUAUUCUGCCAGUGACUGCAACACUGCUCAGAAUAUCAUUCCUGCCGCCAAGGCCAAGGGAUUCAAGGUCGUCUUGGGCAUCUGGGCCGACUACACUGAUUCCUUUAACAACGACUUCAAUGCUCUGAAACAGUCUGUACCCGGUAAUGAAAAUGUCGUCAGCGCCAUCACUGUCGGCUCUGAAGUCCUCUACCGCAAGAGUCUUACGGCUCAACAGCUUUUGAGCCUGAUCCAGCAAGUGCAGAACCAAUUCCCCAAGGUGGCCGUGGGCACCGUGGAUAGCUGGAAUAAGUUUGCCGAUGGCACCGCUGAUCCCAUCAUUCAGGCUGGCGUUAAAUACCUCUUGGCCAAUGGGUUCGCUUAUUGGCAGGAUGUUUCUCUCGCCAAUGCCAAACAAGUGUAUUUCGAUGAUGUUUACGCCGCUAAGGAGCGUGUGAAGCAGAUCGCUGGCUCAAAUGCUAACAACAUCUACUUCGGGAACGGUGAGACUGGCUGGCCGACUGAUGGAGGGUCCAACUAUGGCAAAAACUCUGUUGCCGGUACCAAGAAUGCUGAGCAGUAUUACCAGACAUCUGUUUGUGCUAUGCUAGCCUCGAACAUUGAUGUGUUCUACUUCGAGGCCUUCGACGAGUCUUGGAAGCCUAACAGUGUUGGCGACAACGGCCAGUCGAUGGAUGAGAAGCACUGGGGUCUCUUUACUGCCGAUCGCAAGCCCAAGUUCAACUUGAACUGUCCUCCUAACUAGACGCUCGAAGGCCCCGAGUGUGUGCGAUGAGGGACCUGACCCCGUUUCUUUGUUCUCUUUCUUUGUCCCAUCACCUGUAACAUAUGUCUUACAUAUUUUAUAAUUCGUUCUGUCAAUCGUUGAAAGCACAGGCCUCGGGUAAGGAUUUGACAUUGACGGGCUUUGUCCCCGCGAGGAAGCGCUCAUCCGACCCGUGACUCUUAAGCUUUCCGCGAUAGACGUAACUUCAAUGCAG